UGUAGGUAAAGCCUUUACAUCGCUUCAUUAAAAAAAAAAUCGCGUAUUUUUAAGAUCUGCAGGUACAUUGUAGGCAUUUACAUGCAUGAUUGUUUUACAAAGUGAAAACCUAUGGGACUCCUUUGCUUGCAUGGAUGUCUAGAGAAUCUUCAUGAAUAACUAAGUACCUAUAUUAGUUUUUUUUACGUCACAUUACAGUACUACAUGUAAUGUCUGCAUUGUCUUAUCUAUGUGAAUACGAAUCUAAUUCAGAAGAUAGCGAUUGUGAUAAUAAGAACACUUCAGACGUUAAAAAGAUAAAAUUGCAUGUACCCGACUUGAGUGACAUUGUUGUUGCACCCAGAGAUACCUACAAGGACAACCCUGAGGUGCAUGGAUAUAGAAUACGGUCAUUUCCACAUGAAAGAGGAAAUUGGGCUUCUUUUGUAUAUGUUAAAUAUCCAGAUGUAGAGUUUUUCAACAUAUUAAUAGAUAAACUGCAAAAAGAGUUGUGUUGUAUUGAAGAGUCUUGGCAGCCAUGUGAGGAUAUACACAUAAGUUUAUCAAAAACUUUUAUACUAAAAUACCACUUAAUAACACCAUUUACCUCAUCUCUUCAAAAAAUUGUAUCUGAUACAGAUUGUUUCGAUCUCGCAUUUGAUGCAUUAAAAGUAUACUGCAACGAAGAAAAAACAAGGACAUUUGUUGCUUUGGAGGUGGAUUACUUCUGUAACAAGCACCUCACAAAACUCUCCCAAAAAAUUGAUGAAGUUUUAAAAGAGUACAAGUUACCUAAAUUCCACGAUAGUCCAUCAUUUCAUGCAAGCUUAUUGUGGAUCAACGGAAACAAGAAAACAGAACUUAAAAAUAAUUUAGAAAAUUUAAAUAUUAUCUUAAAACAACAUCUGCAUGAAUAUAGUAAGACUACUUGCAUCAGCAGAGUUAACUGCAAAAUAGGUAACAAAUACUUUCAAUAUUCAUUCCAAUAA